ACCCGGCAGCGGGGAGGCCGGUGGGGCGGACCGGGACUCGGGCGGCCGCCGCCAUGGACCCGUUCUUGGUGCUGCUGCACUCGGUGUCCACCGGCCUGUCGGACGACGAGCUGACCGAGCUCAGGUUCCUGUGCCGGGGCCGCGUGGGCAAGCGGAAGCUGGAGAGCGUGCGCUGCGGCCUGGACCUGUUCGCGGUGCUGCUGGAGCAGAACGAGCUGGACGCCGAGCACACCGAGCUGCUGCGCGAGCUGCUCGUGUCGCUGCGGCGCCAGGACCUGCUGCAGCGCCUGGACGCCUUCGAGGCGGGCGCGGCGGGCAGGGCCCCGCCGGAGGAGCGAGACCUGCGUGCCGCGUUUGACAUCGUCUGUGAUAACGUGGGGAGGGACUGGAGAAGACUGGCCCGGCACCUUAACGUGUCAGACACCAAGAUCGAUGCCAUCCAGGAGAAGUAUCCCCGCAACCUGACUGAGCAGGUGAGGGAGUCGCUGAGAGUCUGGAAGAGCGCCCAGAGGGAGGACGCGACGGUGUCCCACCUGGUGAGGGCGCUCAGGGCCUGCCAGCUGAACCUGGUGGCCGACCUCGUCCUGGAGGAUCAGCAGGCCCGGGAGAAUGAGAGCCAGACCGCGAGCAGUAGAGGGGCCCGAGGGCAUCCACGCAGCCCGAACUGGGGUCCCCCCACCACCACCAAAGUUGACCAAGUGCCUUCCACAUGCCGGUGCUAUGAUGACCUAGCAGGGAGCCAGGACAAGGGACCUCGGCGCUCAAGCCAUGGCUGGCUUCACGGAGUGGUGCCCGCGGAGUUCAGCCGCCGUGCAGUUCCUUUCAUUCGUGCCUCAGGAUCGCCCUUGAGAGGGAGAGUCUGUUGUCCCCUGAGAUGGUCCUGCACGAGGAAGUUUUGGAUCCACGCCCAGCAGGUAGAAGGAACGUCAGCGUCCGCGGUGCUCAGUGCGGUUACUCAGCAGGUGGGGGCCGUGUGCCGUCCGCGGCUGGACAGAGUCCGUAGCAAUGGGAGAGCCGGGGGUGGAGCCAAGGCUGUCGGGCUCCAGAGCCCACACGGUGACCACUGGGUCACUCUGUUGCUGCCACAGUUGGCCAGAGGCUUUGAGGUCAUCGGCUAGACCUGUACAGCAGGGCAGGCGGUGUGGAGGUCCCUGGUGGGCUCAUGGUCCUUGAGGGUGUCCGGGGGGGGAUAGUAAGACUCGUGAGAACGGCCUGCGAGAUAGGCUCGUUGAGUGCUCGGGCGGUGGGUGCCCUCGGUGCUUCACCAGUGGGAGUUCUUAGAAAUACUAUGACUUCUAUGAUGCCACAGUUUACUGUUUUGUAUCAAAAUCACUAUUCUGAUAACAGGAUCCUGUAAUCUUAAAAAGUGGUCUUUCUGCUUUUACGGUAAUCCUAUUAAAGCUUUUUCCUUUAUGGUGGAAAGCUCCAUGA